UUUCCCUCACUGCCAUGCGUACCAUUGAACAAGAGGGCCAAUAUUUCAAAGUAUAUAUACACACAGCAAUAACACCGUGUUCCGUUUUCUUCUCUCCUCUGCGUAUCGCUCGCUCGCUCACCCGCCAUGGCUAUGGCUAUGCAAAGUGGAAUCGGAAUGUCCAAGAUCCUCAUCAUAGCUGGAGCUGGUUACACCAGCACCGUCCUCAUCAAAAACGGAAAACUCUCCGAUUUGAUCGGCGACCUCCAGGCGCUGGUGAAGGGAUUGGAGAAGUCUGGGGAUCAGGCUGAAGGUGAAGGUGAAUAUGUUGAUGCCAUUGCUGCUCAGGUACGUCGAUUGGCUAAUGAAGUUAGGCAGUUGGCAUCAAACAGGCCAAUAACAGUAGUGAAUGGAGGUUCAGGACAAGUGUUUGCUCUUUUUUUUGCAGGUAAUUUACCAUCUCUCGUGGUUCCAGCGGUUGCCUUGGGUGCUCUAGGUUAUGGUUACAUGAGAUGGAAGGGCAUUUCAUUCUCAGAUCUUAUGUACGUGACUAAACGUCAAAUGGAAAAAGCUGUUACAGAUUUAAACAAAAAGCUGCACCAUGUCACAGAUGUCAUUGCUGAUGUCAAGAAGCAUUUGACCCAGAGAAUUGAAAAUUUGGAUGACAAAAUGCUCAAACAGAAUGAGUUGUCGCGGUCAAUUAAGGAUGACGUUUCUGGAGUUCGAAGUACGAUUACUGAUAUGCAUGAUGACUUGGGUUCCUUGCGGUAUUCAGUGGACAAAUUGGAUAAAAAGUUGGCUACAUUGUGUUUGAAUCAGGAUGGUACAAAUUAUGGAGUGAAGUACCUCAUCGAGACUUUACAUGGAAAUAUCGGGAAAAUGCCUGAACAUUUGCAGGAGCAGGAGCAACUGAAACUUCCAGGAAAGACCCGUAAUUUGCUCACAUAUUCAGGAACUCCAAAUCUGAAUGGUCUUAAAGACAUUGUGUUGCCUACUGGUCUAGGCAUGUUGGCUUCAGAUAAGCCUCAAAGGCCUUUGUUGAGGACUACUUCAACCAGGUGUUGAUGACAUGGUCUUAAAUGAUUUUUACCUAGCUUUUAAGCGUUCUUUCUUUCUUUGUAUCUAUUCAGCAGUCUCACUUGUUCAUAAACUUAAUGUCUACAGAGUAUAAAUAUACUAAGCAUUUUAUAUACAAAGUUAGUUUAUUAUGUA